GCACACAAGGAAUAUCAAAAACUACACUUUAUAAUGGGCGACUUACCUCCUCGAUAUGAUGGUACUCUUCAGCCAGAAGUAUGGGUCCAAGACUUGCGAUUCUUUUGUGCUCUUCGGGGUAUCCACGAUCAAGCUACUGUUCUGAAUAUUGCCAUUCUAAGAGUAGAUCCAAUUAUCCCAAUCCCAAACGAUAUCGAUAUAACCUCAUUUAAUUCACUUAUUAAUGUUCUCAAAGACCAUGCCACUCAUUCUGUAUUCCGCGCAGAUUCUCUUGAAAAACUUAAAAAUUUGAAAUAUGAGCGUAAUAGAGUCAUGUCCGAAUUUAUCGCGAAAUUUAUUUCCCUUUGUAAUAGCGCCGACAUUACUGAUCUCAGAGAGAAAAAGGAUUACUUACUUCGAAAUAUGCCAGAUGAUAUUGUUCGGAAUGUACUUGGGAGUAGAAUUGAAAACUUGAACUCAUUUGGUGAGGUGAUCGAUACUUUCAAAGACGUGAUACUUGAACAUAAGCGCCUGAUUCGCUUCGGCUCCAAAAUUGCACUCAAACAUGUCGUUACUGGACGUUUUUUGUCCAGUAAAGGUAUCAAUUAUGAAACUGGGUCAAAGCAGCAAAUGGUAUUUUGCAGUGGUUGGCAACCAGAUAAACAAUACGAUUUUUGGAUCGUAAUUCCACCUAAUAAACAAUACCGUCAGUCAGGUAGCCUGGUACCGUUUAAUUCUAUUAUCGGAUUAAAGCAUCAACAGACCGGUAGAAAUCUGCAUUCUCAUGGUGGACAAGAGUCACCGAAAACUAGACAACAAGAAGUUACCUGCUACGGAGGAGCAUUAGAAUGGAAUGGUCAUGAUGGUCCCCCAAAUGAGGAGGACAACUGGAUACUACAACGUUAUAGUAAAACCUCCAUUUAUGACAAUUCGGGAUAUUGGGCAGUUGGUGACACGAUUAGUCUGCGACACGAUCAUGCACAUGCGAAAAAAUCACUCAUGAGCCACGAUUUCAUACUGAAUAAUGGAUAUCAAGAAGUCACUUGUCACGCUGACGGUCAUGAAGAAAACCAUAAGUGGGUUGUGGAAAUUCUUGAAUAAAGAUCAUGAGCAUAAUUAGUAUCAUUUCUACCUUAUCACAUGUUAGUUUUAUAAAUAGAAAUUCUUUUUUUUUUUACUAAAUUAACAAACCUAAAUAUGAAGAACAUCUUACAAAGGUCAUUAAAAAUUUAAAGGAAUUAGUUGAAAAUGCAUUCCGUAAAAACAAUGCAUCAUUAUUAGAUGCACUUCAUUUUUCGCUGCUCAAAAGUAGUGAUGCCGACUUAACUGUGAUGGGCUUUAACAGAACUAUAAUUAAAGCAAAAACUAACAUUGUUAAAAUAAUUUUAACUUGUUAAAUCACUA